UCGGUAGCCGUCGGUGGCUCUAUUCGUGUACCUUACGAAUUUGCUUCGAUCUACGAUCGUUCAGCCCACUUGAAUUUCAUCUAGGUCCGGAACCCCGUUUAAAAAGCACAGCGUUAUCCCCUUAUCUUCCUGGGCAUUUUUCCUACUCGAAACAUCUCUUGCCCGUCAAUAUUGUAUUUUCCUGCUUUUGUUGGUGACACCACUAAAGAUCAAUGUCUACCGUUUUCCAUCGGAUUCCUCGCGUCCCCAUCGACCUGGAGAAGGUCCACAAUUAUUCGAGGUUAUCCCGUGGACUCUCUGAACACCAGUCAUCUGAGGUAAAAGUCCUUGUCGGGGCAUUGGACGAGGAUCUGAGGGACUACGACAACGACAUCACCCAGUUGGAGAUUCAGCUUUCAUUUCUAAAAAAUCAGCGCACAAGGGCCAAGAACUACAGAAAAUUUCUAGGCUCUCUCUGUUCGCCUUUCCAUCGUCUUCCAAACGAGCUCCUUGGCGAAAUAUUCCAAGAAGUCUGCAACGACGUUCACGUCGAACCUUGGGGAAAAUACGAUGUAUCUGUUGCACCUUUCGUCCUCAGUGCAGUAUGCAAUCGGUGGCGCGAAUUUGUCGUCGGGAAUCCGAAAUUAUGGACCACCAUCCGGUUCCGAUGCCCUCUAGAGGAUCCUGAGUAUCUAUCCUCUGCGCAGUACGAGCGGCUCCAAGAGGUGGUUGAUCUGUAUAUCGAACGAUCGACAACCUUCCAUCUAAAGGUACAACUCUUCUCUAGUCCCGAUCAUGAAGAAAGUGGCCUCUUCCAAUAUUUCCUGACCUCUUCCCCGAGAUGGAAAUGUCUUUCUCUAUACGUUACCUCCCUCUCCACGUCUUGCUAUCCCACCUUGCGACUUCUCGACCUCCCUGUACUAGAGACGGUAUCCAUCCAUCACUGUUUGAACUCGGACACCCAAGUUGGCGCGGAUUUGAGUGUAUUCAACAAUGCUCCCAAAUUGCAUACCCUUGAUGUUCUUGAAGGCGGCCUUUCCACCACUUCAAAUUCAACGGUUUGGGACCAACUGACCACAUUCACGUACAAAACCAGUUUUGGUAACCUCACAGAAGUGCUGAGACUAUGCCCGAACCUUCAAUAUCUCACUCUUACUGACCAACGACCUUCUGAUCCAUUUGCCCCUGAAUUACCCAUCACCGCUCCAAAACUCACCUCGAUUUCAGUUAUAUUCGGCCGAUCUUACCUGAAUCGCAGUGACAUGCUCCAGACCGCAUUCUUAUCCUCGCUCACUGCUCCCGCCCUCACUACGCUUAGCUUGGCUUUAGAGCAGGUCCAACGCGAUCCGCGUCCCCUAAAUGCGUUGACACGGACGUCUGAAAGCAUUUUUCGCGGCAUUGAUAAUUUCAUCAUUCAAUCACAUUGCAAGUCCCAAUUGACGAAAUUGGUGCUCGAUGGCAUGCCCCUGGAAGACAAAGACCUCGUUUCCCUGCUGAAGACACUUCCUUUCCUCGAAGAACUCACCGUCAUUGAUCCUUGCAAUGAGAUGAAUCGUGUUCUUCCCAUCUCCAAAGCGUUCGUGCAGAGCCUGCACAGCUGUAGCAAAACUUCCCAUUUGCAGACAUCUGAUAUAACACUCGUUCCCAACCUUCAUACACUAACUCUGAAAGUGGUAGCGCCUGGAUUCGACCACGAUGCUUUUGUCGAGACGAUACUUUCUAGAUGGUGUCCUGCCAAUGCCAAGCCUCCCAAGGACUUUUCGCCCCUCCGGCGCGUAAAUUUAUCGCUCUCGGAACCCAUCAAUGAAGAGGACUACAAACUUCUUUUCACUUUGAGGCGAAGUGGCUUGCUUUUCAGUGUACAACUUGAAACAUUGUUGCCAUCCAAGGAUGUCUGAAAUAUUUCUCGAUAUCUUGUUUGAAGUGCUACAUUUUCUCGCAAGUCAAGUCACAAGCAACAACCGUUAUAGAAUAUGUGUCUAUACUUUAUUUUUACACUUAUAUCUUACUCUUCGACUGAACAAUGCAUACAU